AUGGUGCGUGCAACCCAGCCAGUUGCCCUCGAGCAGCCAUUGCCGGGGCUUGACGUUCGCACGCCUGGGUCUUCCGACGAAUCUGCAACGGAGGUCGAUCCCUGCUCGCCUUCGCAGCCGCUGCCACCUGCGCAGCCACGGCCGCAAUCGCCUCAUCCGUCUCUAUUCGCAGUGACGGCAGUCAUGGAUGUAGAGCCCGCAUCAUCCGCACAUACUUCUGCAUCCUUCGCAUUGCCACCGGUUUUACGGACAGACCAAUGUUGGGUCAUGGGUUGGAUGGCGCAAGUUGCCAUCUCACCGCAGCCAAUCCCAGCAGCAUCACCACAACACACAGCUGCCCCCUCGUCAACGCCAGCACCCACACUACACGACGACGGUGGGCAGUUUCUGGUGGAAGGGAUAAAAGAAUGCGACAACCACAGCAUCUUCGCCGACAUAUCGUGUAGCUAA